AUGAUGCGAGUCGAGCGACCAGAAUCCGGGGCGCGACUUGGAGAGCUUCGAACAUUUUUAGACGAAUGCUAUGAAGAAUUGGAUGGCGAUGAAUUCGAAGAAUACUCGCUCCGAGUGGUGACCACUCUCAGUCGUCGCGAUGCCUAUGCGCCUGAAACGAUGGACAUGAUCGCUCAUUUCUGUGCCCGUGUGACCAAAAUCGUUGAGGCUUGUGGAACUCAUGAAUCCGAUGUUAGGCAGAUUCAAGCCUUAUCGAAUGUACUUCAUAUUGUGGAGGAGAAUUUUAUGGUUCCUCAAGCUGGUUUGACUCUUAAAGAAUCUCGGCGACUCCGGCAGCGUGGUCAAGAUAUACAAAGGUACUGCAAGGAAGCUCGCAAUAAGGUUGAGAGCAUUUCGAACAAGUCUGUCAAGAUAGUCACAAAACCAGCAUCUCGCCGACUACCUUCAAGGCCAUCAUCAACUUCGCUGCCACGUCCAUCACCUGUUACAUCACGUCCAGCUGUUAAAUCACGUCCAUCACCUGCGAUAUCACGUCCACCACCGCAGAUAACACGUCCACCACCUCAGAUAUCACACUCACCAUCACAGACACAGCUAGCACCUUUGUCAACGCGUUCAUCACCUUUGAUCCCACGCCCCUUGUCCUCAACGUUGAGCCGAUCAAGUUCGAAAGCCCUUCACUCACCUUCAGUCGUUGAGUCAGCCCAGUCAGAACCCUCUUUGGUGCUCGAUGAUCCAGUCAAGGUCGAGGAAGUGGAGUCAAAUGAUAUCAAUCGUGAAACUAUUCCCGAGGUUUACGAUAUCUCGGAUGAUGAUGAUGAUGAUGAUGAUGAGCUAGAAGAUGACAAUCGAGAAAGCACGGAUAUGGAUAUCGACAGUGAAGAUGAUCUUGUCACUGAAGAUUCGCUAUGGACCGCACAAGAUAACAUCAUACCUUGGUUCAAGAUUAAUGGGAGUCAACUUCCCCAUAUUUUGACCUUUUUACUCGAUCCAACUCACCUAUGUUUCACCCAGACUUCAUUGAAUGUUGAUGAGGAAGAUGAAGCAAAGCAAAUCUCGGUAGAGCUUGUAUUAUUCAUCAAGAUUGUUGCAGAUGCAUUGUACAUUAGUGAUCUUGGAUUUCAACUCUGGAUCACGGAUGUUGAUUGUGACCCUCCUGAAUUAUUCUCUCAAGAUACGAAUCAGUCGCUGUACUGGAUCAUCCUUCCUAGAGCGAGCAUCAAACCCGGUCGAAACAGCCUAGAGUGCACGAUAAAAUUCAAUUCCUCAACCCACGACCCGCAUACUGAGAUGUCAUUAGACAGAGUGGUGAUGUGCUCCAUCAAGCAAAUGACAGAGAUCGUUUUGAAAAAUAAGUGUUCUCCUGUAAGCACUCACGGUUUAAUUGACAACUUUCAGCAGAAAGGUCAGGAAGUCCUCACUCUUCUGGAUCCCAUAAGUCAAAAACUGAUCAAAGUCCCGGUAAGAGGAAAUGGAUGUGAUCAUCUAGAGUGUUUUGAUUUGAACACGUUCCUGAAAGAUAAUCAAGGUGCUAGGGGUAGAUGGAAAUGUCCUGUGCUGGGAUGUAUUGAAACAUGUAAGCCUGGAUCACUUUGGGUAGAUGAAUGGGUGGCUAACAACAUUGAGAUUGCUCGAAACGGUGGACAAGAUAAGAUGUUGGUUCCAUCAACUAUCUUAGAGGAUGAUGUGGGUGAUGAUGUGGACAUCAAGCCUGAAGUAGAUGUGGACAUCAAACCUGAAAUCUGA